GAUUUUAUUUUACCUUUAAUUUAGGUUUUUGUACAAAAUGUUGAUGAUCUGUUACAUCUAUACAACUAUAGUGAGUUCAUAACAAAAUGAGCCACUGUAAAAAUAAUCAGCUGUUCAUUUGCAAACGAAAAUUGCAUCAAAAUAAAAAAAAUGUAGCCAAAACAUUAAAUACGCGUUCAAUUUGUUUACUAAAUAUGACAAUAAUAAAUUAUGUAAAUACUAAGUAACAAAAAUGAAUGAAAACAGUAGCAAUAUUACAUUUUACGAAGCCCAACAGACAACAAAUACUGCAAUGCAGCAAGAUAAAAAUCAUGACAUGAUGCUUGAUUUGAGUUUAAGCGGACAAAAAUCUGCUAACAUAUUUGCAGCUGAUCAAACACCGACACCUACACGUUUGAUUAAGAACUGCGACGAAGUGGGCCUGUUUGAUGACUUGCGGCAUGUUAAUCCCUUUGAUGAAACCUUUCGACGUGCUGUUGAACAAAACGAAGUUGGAAAAAUAAAACAAACUCGUAAUGAAAAUAAUGAAUCCCAGCCAGAAGAAGAAUCAUUACAUACACCACAAGUUUUCCCGUUAUUAGAAAGCAAUGGAAAUGCACUAUUUCAAUCUUGUGAGAAGACAUUAGAAAGUCCAUCAACUGCCGGUGUCGCUUUAGAUGUAACCGUUGUAGAUCUCUUAAGCGAUUGUGCCGCUUAUAUAAAUAGACAAAAUUCCUCUGGAAGUAAUUGCAGUGAAGAAAAAAAACAAAAUAAAUAUCGUAAUAUAGCAGAAAAACCAGAAACAAAUAAUUGUCUACAAAUUGCACCAACAUCAAUACAAUUAAUACAACCACAACUCAUAACAUUAAGUUUUCCAAACGACAGUGAAAGUAUAACACAGUCUAAGCAAACAAUUAAUGCUAUACCAGUACAAACCGUAAAGCCAUUCAUUUUACCUAAACCAGCAACUGCCACAGUAGCCAAACAUCAUAAUACUUCAACUGCAAACAGUGCUGUUACUACAAAUCAUAUCACAAUAAACUCACCAAGUAUUAACAAUGAACCAAGUAGUGCUAGCCUCACGCCAACUUCACAAUUGCCCAUUAAAGAACGCUUGAAAGCUAUACUUAAUCAAAAUAAUAGACGCAGUAUUGAAAUUCCUAUAAAAACCAAUAAUCGCCAGAGGACUAUUGCCGGCAAAGCACACUAUAAAUUUGAUGAAGAUUGUAUGGAGCGGCGACGUGCUGCUGCCACACGUUAUCGAGUUAAAAUGCGUAAUGAACAUAAAGAUUUAAGAAGGAAAAAUAUUGAAUUGCAAGCCGAAAACGAGAAGUUACGAAAUCGUGUAAGUCAGUUGGAACAAAUAUUGAGUAAACAACAAACAAUAGGUGCUCAACUAUCUACAGAUGGUACCAAUAAAUCAGCCAUUUCUCUGAUUAAAUCAGAAUUCGAGAUUCCUUCAUCAACGAUUAAACUCGUAAUGAAAAUUCCAAAGAUGGUUGUCACACCAAAUGGUCCACCUCUUUUUCAAAAUCCUAUAACGUAUAGUAUUGAAAAGAAAUAGUAGAGAUUAAACUGUGUUCUUUUAUAUUUCCUAAGAAAAUAAUUAAAUUGUUAUUCUAUGUUUUUAAUGUUAAAUAUAAUUUCACCGUUACUGUGCCAUUAAAAGGAGAGCAAAGAGCUGUUCCUGAAUUCUGAUCAGUGUAUAUAUAAAAUAAUAGUUUUAUUUA